GCUGCCUCACAGUGAGCCUGCGUGUCCUGGAGCCAGCUCCCCCAAAGCACAUGCCAUUUCUGGCCCUUGAAGGGGUUAAAGGCCUCCUGGAGUCAAAAACAAGCAGGUGUCCCACCGUGCCAGAUACGCCGCCUAAACUGCUUCCAGCUUUUUUUUUUCCCCUUCUGCAACAAGUCUGUGAUCAGCCACGGGACAGAGGAGCCGGCAGCCUGCCUGUGACAGGCGUCAGGUUAGCUUGCUCCCACUCGGGUGGUGCCCAGGGGAUAAAUCCAGGCCGGGCCCCUGCUGGGGCUCCUCUCCCCGCACACUCGGGAGAGGGGAUCUCCUUGCAAAACCUUUCUUUUCUCUGAAGCCGCACAGCCCAGCGGGCUCCACUGACUUGGUGCAGGCAGCCGCGGCCCUACCAGCAGCAAGGAGGCCUGCCGGCGGGGCGGUGAGGGCAGGUGUCUGCGGCCCCCGAGGAGAAAGCCCUGGUGGGCCCCAGCCCCUGGCAGCGUCACGGGGGAGAUCUCUGGCCGCUGCAGACCGCACCAUGUGGGCCCUGGGGUGCCACCAGUUCCGGUCCCGCUGGGGGCAGGUGGCAGUGCUGCUGCUGCUGCUCAAGGUGCCCCCGAGAGGCCUGGCCCUGCCGCCCAUCCGCUAUUCCCAUGCUGGCAUCUGCCCCAACGACAUGAACCCCAACCUCUGGGUGGAUGCCCAGAGCACCUGCAAGCGGGAGUGUGAGACAGACCAGCGUUUGCUGUGGUCUCUUCAGUUCGGCCAGGGCACCCUCACCCCAACGGGAAAAAGACAAAAAGGCAUUUGUUCCUACACGGACCUCAUCUCUGGGCACAAGGAGUGUGAGACCUACGAAAAGUGCUGCCCCAACGUGUGUGGGACCAGGAGCUGUGUGGCAGCCCGCUACAUGGACGUGAAAGGAAGGAAGGGCCCGGUGGGCAUGCCCAAGGAGGCCACGUGUGACCACUUCAUGUGCCUGCAGCAGGGCUCGGAGUGUGACAUCUGGGACGGCCAGCCCGUGUGUAAGUGCAAGGAUCGCUGCGAGAAGGAGCCCAGCUUCACCUGCGCCUCCGACGGCCUCACCUACUACAACCGCUGCUACAUGGACGCCGAGGCCUGCUCCAAGGGCAUCACGCUGGUCGUGGUCACCUGCCGCUACCACUUCACCUGGCCCAACACCAGCCCCCCGCCGCCGGAGACCACCGUGCAUCCCACCACAGCUUCCCCGGAGACCCCCGGGCUGGACAUGGCGGCCCCGGCUCUGCUCACCCACCCUGUGCACCAGUCGGUUUCCGUGGGGGAGACGGUGAGCUUCCUCUGUGAGGUGGUGGGCCGGCCCCGGCCCGACAUCACCUGGGAGAAGCAGCUGGAGGACCGAGAGAACGUGGUCAUGAAACCCAACCAUGUGCGUGGCAAUGUGGUGGUCACCAACAUCGCCCAGCUGGUCAUUUAUAAUGCCCAGCUGCAGGACGCUGGCAUCUACACCUGCACAGCCCGGAACGCUGCCGGCGUCCUGCGCGCUGACUUCCCACUGUCGGUGGUUAGGGGCGGGCAGGCUGCAGCCACCGCGGACAGCAGCCCCAACGGCACGGCUUUCCCCGCUGCCGAGUGCCUGAAGCCCCCCGACAGUGAGGACUGUGGCGAGGAGCAGACCCGCUGGCACUUUGACGCCCAAGCCAACAACUGCCUCACCUUCACCUUUGGCCAUUGCCACCGCAACCGCAACCACUUUGAGACCUACGAGGCCUGCAUGCUGGCCUGCAUGAGCGGGCCGCUGGCCGUGUGCAGCCUGCCUGCCCUGCAGGGGCCCUGCAAGGCUUACGCACCACGCUGGGCCUACAACAGCCAGGCGGGCCAGUGCCAGUCCUUUGUCUACGGCGGCUGCGAGGGCAAUGGAAACAACUUUGAGAGCCGGGAGGCCUGCGAGGAGUCCUGCCCCUUCCCCUGGGGGAGCCAGCGCUGUCAGGCCUGCAAGCCGAGGCAGAAGCUCGUCACCAGCUUCUGUCGGAGCGACUUUGUCAUCUUGGGCCGAGUCUCUGAGCUGACCGAGGAGCCUGACUCGGGUCGCGCCCUGGUAACCGUGGACGAGGUCCUGAAGGACGAGAAGAUGGGCCUCAAGUUCCUGGGCCGGGAGCCGCUGGAGGUCACUCUGCUUCACGUGGACUGGACCUGCCCCUGCCCCAACGUGACGGUGGGCGAGACGCCCCUCAUCAUCAUGGGGGAGGUAGACGGUGGCAUGGCCAUGCUUCGGCCCGAGAGCUUCGUGGGGGCGUCCAGCACCCGUCGGGUCAGGAAGCUGCGUGAGGUCAUGCACAAGAAGACCUGCGAGGUCCUCAAGGAGUUCCUGGGCUCACACUGAAGCCCCCCCUCCCCUGGUCCCUCCCUGGCCCUCUCCCACCUACCCACCCUGACGCCUCUCCGAGAACUGGGCAAGGUCACAUUUGACAGUCUGAGGCCAGCAGAGGAAUAUCCAUCAGAGGGUCUUGGAUCAACUUCUAUUCUUUGGGCUCAAUAAGGGGUUCAUCUCUUUUUUAGCUGAGGGAGACAAAAGAAGUCAGUAAACACUUGCAAAUUAUCCCUGACGACCAACCCGCUUGGGCGCCAUUAUCCUCUCCUUGCCGGCCACCGCUACCCCUGGCUCUCCCAGCCUCCCAGGCACUGAGCGAUCUAGAGGGAAGGGGCUGCAUGGUGGAACCAUGCAAUGAACUGGUUUGCAAAAGGCAUGGUGGGCAGAGAAAGGAGGGUCUGGGGACUCAGGGGACAAAUUCCCCGCAGCCCCCUAGAUGGCUCUGAGCAGAGAUCACUUCAUGUGGGGAGUCAUGGGAAGGGGGAAGCAGGGGGCGUGGUCUGCCUGGCACCCAGGUGGUGCUGAGCGGAACGCAGGUAGUCAGGUGCCCUCGGGUGGUGGGUGGUCAGGUGGCACUUUGAUCAAGUUGCCCUGUGGUCUCUGAGGCCACCAGCAGGAUACAUGUUUCUCAUGUCCCCUUGGCUUUAUCGAUUGGCUUGUGGCUUGUUGAUUUGUUAAUUCAGUUCUGUUUGGUCCAACUCAACAGACAUCUUCUGGCCAUUUAGCAGGUGCCAAGUGCUGGGGCCACAGAGAGCUGUCAGCCACUGCCCAGCUCACAGGCCAGCCCCAGCCGCCCCCCUCCCCCGUGGCAGACCCUGGGUGUCCCUCCCAGCCAUCAGAUGGUCCCAUUUGACAGUCCGUAUGCGUCUAUCUGUCACUGGCUUCCUUUAAAAUGAAGCAGAUAGAAGCCCCAGGAUCUGUUUUGGUAGGAAGAGAAAGAAAGGAGAAGGAAAAGCAGGCAGGGAGAGGGCCGGGGAUGGAAGGAGAAGGGCGGGAGGGUCGGCAGGCUGGGGAAGGGAAGGAAUGCUGCUCGGUGCUCCCAUCUGGUGGCAGCCUCUGGCAGGGGACAGCAGGUCUGGGGAUGUGGCAGCCAGUCGCCGAUUUUUCUGCUUGGACUUCCGGUGCAGCUCCGGCCGCCCACCCCUAGACAGAGGAUUCGGGAAACCCACCGGCAGCUCUAGCCCCGCCCCCUAGUCCCUCCUCAGCCCUUCAUUCUGCCCAUGCCCCUCCCAAACUGAAGGUCAUUGUGGGGUGUCCUCAUUUCUUCCUCAGACGUAGGGAGGAAGAUACCAA